AGGGAUAUUUCCAUCUUAUAUUCGAAUCCUUAGAUUGAGAUUGUCUAUUUAAAAUACGGGGAAGGAUUUAUUCAGCAUGCCUUAUCUAGCCAAUCCCAGCAAGCCUUGACCCCCUCUCCCAGAAUCUCAUUUUCAAGUCACCCCUUCUCUCCCUUCCAACAUCCACGACUCUUCUCUCUUCCCCUCCUCCUCCCCCUCCUGAGUGUCCAUCUCACGGUCCCUUACCUAUGUAGCCGGAUCAUGGUUCCUCGACGAAUCUUUCUUCUUGUCGUCUUCGCCACCAUCUUUACGUUCAUUUUCUUCGCCGCACGACCACUACCCUAUUACCUCAACGACGAUGCUUCGCUGAGAACCACCCUCGAUAGACUCCAUUCGGGUUCCACGACCCCCAAAGGCCCCAAGCCGUCGAGUUGCAUCGAACACCUGGGCUGGCUUGAGCCCUACCAGUUCACUUCGCCUAUACAAUAUGUGUCCCGGGACAUCAUUGCGCGACCACGGGCGGACGGGCAGCGACCCUCGCUGACGGUCGUGGACCAGCCUCUCUUCGAAUCCUUCGCCACGGUCAAUUUGGCAGAGUCGCAGACCCUGCGCUCUGACCGCUGUCUGCCUCCCCUCGAGCUCGAAGUCCCCCAGGGUUCAAUGAUGCCCGUCGACGCAUCGAACAUGAUCUUCGGCCUGCAGACGACGAUCGGUCGACUCAGAGACACUGCCAAGCACCUGGCUCGGUGGCUGCCUCAUACCGGCGCACGUCUGUACGCAAUUGUGAUCGAUAUUCGCGACAACCAUGAAGCACGAGCCGAUAACAACGAGAUGAGGAUCCUGGAAAAGCAGAUGCGGAAUCAGGGCAUCAACAUCAACAUUCUGCACCCAGUCGUAGCCUCUGAUACCUUCGCCCAACGCUAUGUCUCCCUUGUGAAUGUGAUGUACCGAGCCCGAGACGACAAGACACAAUGGAUUGUUACCAUCGACGACGAUACCUUCUUCCCUUCCAUGUUUAACCUACAAAAGAUGCUGGAGCAACAUGAUUGGCAGAAACCUCAUUACAUAGGGAGCCUAUCUGAGGAUUGGUGGGCAGUAAAUCACUACGGCCUCAUGGCUUUUGGCGGCGCAGGAGUCAUGCUCUCCUUGCCGAUGGCGAAAAUAAUAGACGAGCAUAUUGCUGAGUGCAAGACGAAUCUGCGCACCACCGCGGGCGACGUCUCGAUCAUGGACUGUGUAUACCGCUUUUCCCCCACCAAACUCACGCAUGUCCCUAGCCUGCAUCAGGUAGAUAUGCACGGUGAUUUGUCCGGCUUUUACGAGUCAGGACGCGAGAUCCUGUCCCUGCACCACUGGAAAGAGGGGUCGGCUGCCGGCUACAAACUGGAGAUGGAGAAGAUGCACCUCGUAGCCGACAUCUGCGACAGUUGUUUUCUGCAACGCUGGCAAUUUCAGCACGAUCUCGUCCUCUCUAACGGGUUCUCCAUCGCCGCCUAUCCCGAGGGACACCUCUCGGGAAAGCGACCCGGUACCAUCGGUGGCACCGUCGACAAGCUGGAUCUCGACUUGAUGGAGGAGACAUGGGCCGACGAAAUCAACGUCCUGCACUCCUUGGCGCCGACGCGUGAACGGCUGAGUGAGGAACAGAAGGUGGAUUACAAGCUCUUGGACUCCAUGUCGGUCGAUGGCAGCGAGGUAGGCGCGCCGGGCGAGAAGGUCAUCCGGCAGAUAUAUUUCAAAGAGGGCGGCGAGGGCGAGGGCCGCGACACCGUAAUGGUGCUUAAUUGGCGGAGCGGCCCUCCCGCACCCGCACCCGACAACACGGGCACGGACAGAGGCGUAUAGGCGUUCCGGGACUGGCUUGUGCAUAAAUAGCAUCAUAUCCCAAUUCUUGUAUUUUUUUCGAGCAUCAUCUGGGCUGCGCAGAGCAGUGGUCUAGUACUAUAUAUACAGAGACAGCGCAUG